UUUACGCCGAACCAGAACCAUUCAUCUCUCCCCUCCUUCAGGCUUCACAUCCGGGUCAUCCGGCAGUAUCUGUCUCUUGCGUCUGUGUGUCUGAGAGAGUAAUAAUUAUUUCCCCCGCCGCCGUGCUGUACUGCAGCUCUCUGCCCGACUGUGCGGCUCGCUGAGCGGACACUACGCGUGGCGUGCACCGGUGAUGAUGGAGCCACGGGCGCUGUGAAGCUGCGGCCGGUCGCACAAAGGCAGGGAUGAGACGGUAGGAGACGUUUGUAUGGGCCAGCCCGCGGUGAUUUACUCGCCCUAACGAUGUCUAAGAGCCUCAAGAAGAAAAACCACUGGACCAACAAAGUCCACGAAGCUGUAGUAACCCGGGGGAAGGAAGGGGAGCUGGGGUUCGAGCUGAAGGGAUGUGCGGAGAUCGGCCAGUUCCCCUACUUCGGCGAGGUGAAGCAGGGAAAGGGACUGAUCCAGAGCGGCAAACUGGCCCAGGAUGAGCUGCUGCUGGAGGUCAACAACAUGCCGGUGGCCGGGCUCACCACCCGGGAUGUGCUGGCCGUGAUUAAACACUGCAAAGACCCGGUCCGCCUCAAAUGUGUCAAGCAAGGGGGGGUGGUUGACAAGGAUUUGCGGCACUACCUCAACCUGCGUUUCUCCAAGGGCUCAGUGGACCACGACCACCAGCAGAUCAUCAGAGACAACCUCUACCUCCGCACCGUUCCCUGUACCACCAGGCAGCCUAAGGAAGGGGAGGUGCCGGGGGUGGACUACAACUUUGUGAGUGUGGAGCGGUUUAUGGAACUGGAGCAAAGUGGAGCCCUGCUAGAGAGUGGAACCUAUGAAGAUAACUUCUACGGCACCCCGAAACCUCCAGCGGAGCCGUCCCCCGCAGCACCUCCUCUGAAUGUAAGUGAGGCCCUGCUGCCCGGAGCCCGGCCCAGCGCCCAGGGCAAGAGGAAGAGGAACCAGUCCGUCAGCAACAUGGAGCAGCGAGCCAGCCUGGAGCCGCCUGAGGAGGAGGAGGAGGAGAGCCCGGUUGUCAACGGCAACGGAGUGGCCAUCACACCAGAGUCCAGUGAACAUGAGGACAAGAGCACAGAUGCCUCUGGGGAAGUUGCUGUUGAAACGUCCAGCCAGGCCCCAGCCUCUGUUGAGCCCCCCUCCGAAGGAGAGGAGGCCCCAAAAUCUCCCUCUAAAUCCCCCAUCAAGGUCCCGGACCUGGACGAGGAGGAGCUUGGUCCUCUUCCUGACAACUGGGAGAUGGCUUACACCGAGAAGGGGGAGGUCUAUUUCAUCGAUCACAACACCAAAACUACGUCAUGGCUGGAUCCUCGACUCGCAAAGAAAGCAAAGCCUCCAGAAGAGUGCAGAGAAGACGAGCUGCCCUAUGGCUGGGAGAAGAUAGAUGACCCCAUCUAUGGCAGCUACUAUGUCGAUCAUAUCAAUCGAAGGACUCAGUUUGAGAACCCGGUCCUGGAGGCAAAGAGACGCCUGGAGCAGCAGAGGCAGAUGCAGAGCCAGGGACUGUCGGCUCUACCACUGCCCACUAUAUACAGAGAGAAGCCUCUGUUUACGAGGGACCCGACCCAGCUGAAGGGGAACUUCCUGUCCACAGCCCUGCAGAAGAGCAACAUGGGGUUUGGCUUCACGAUCAUCGGAGGCGACGAGCCCGAUGAGUUCCUGCAAGUGAAGAGCGUAAUACCAGACGGACCCGCGGCUCAGGACGGAAAGAUGGACACAGGUGAUGUCAUCGUCUACAUUAAUGACAUUUGUGUACUUGGCACAACACACGCCGACGUGGUCAAGCUUUUCCAGUCCGUUCCCAUUGGUCAGAGUGUGACCCUGGUGCUCUGUCGAGGCUAUCCCCUGCCCUUUGACCCCGAGGACCCAAGCGGUGCAGCAAGCGCAUCCCUGACACCCAUUGGCAUGGAGCACCGCCCCCUGGUGGUGAACGGCCGUGGCAGCUACGACCCGUACCUGGAGUAUCUGUCGCUGAGCUCCCAGCUGCCUCCGCAGGCUCUGGCCGGAGCCCCCCACCCCGGGGACACACAUCUGGAUGGCUCUUCACUGCCGCCCACCACACCUGGGUCGGCAUCGGCACUCACACCUCACGACGACAACGUGUCCAUGGCCUCCUCUGGGAAUGCAGGGGUUGCUGGGGCAACAGUGCAGGGGGCAGAGCUCCUGACAGUUACCAUGGUGAAAGGGGCGGAGGGAUUCGGGUUCACCAUUGCCGACAGCCCCACUGGUCAGCGAGUAAAACAGGUGCUGGAUCCGGGCUCACAGGCAGCGUCGGGGCUGAUUGAGGGAGAUCUGAUCCUGGAAGUGAACCAGCAGCCGGUGGCGGCAGCGGGACACGGACGGGUGGUGGAGAUGCUCAAAGAGUGUCCCGUUGGAGCCGAGGCCACGCUGCUCAUACAGAGAGGAGCAAUAGGCCACAUCUCUCCGUGGAAGGCCUCCAAACAGUUGCCUGACCAGUGGGACCCACAUGGCAGCCCCCAAGCAAACCUGUCCGGCCCGGUUUUGCCACCUAGCACGCCGUUCCCAAACCAGCCCCAGCACCGCACGUCUGUGCCAGACUCCACUGAGGGCUUCGAUCUUAACAAACCAGAUCCCUACGACCUUUACGAGAAGUCGAGGGCUAUCUACGAGAGCCGACGUCCAGAGUAUGAAGAGGUGGAGGUGCACCUGCUGAGGGAGAAGACCGGGUUUGGCUUCCGCAUCCUGGGGGGAGACGAGGCCGUGCAGGCUAUUGUUAUUGGCGCUAUAAUAGAGAACACUCCCGCUGAGCGUGAUGGGCGGCUGCGACCUGGGGAUGAGCUCAUUUCUGUGGAUAAAAAUGUGGUUGCUGGGAAACCGCACAAAUACGUUAUAGACUUGAUGCACGCAGCCGCUCGCAACGGUCAAGUCAGCUUGACUGUGAGAAGGAGAGUGCAAAUGCCUGGUGAACUGUGUCCUGUGAACGGCCGCAGCCCCGGCUCUGUGUCGACACAACACAGCUCUCCGCGCAGCGACGCAGCCUCAGCUUCGGGCCCUCAAGCUGUUGCCGUCCCAGCUGCCACCUCUCCUCCAGAGGGAUCCGCCCUGCAAACCAGUGAUGUUGUUAUUCACCGCAAGGAGAAUGAGGGCUUUGGCUUCGUCAUCAUCAGCUCCCUAAACAGACCGGAGAACGUCUCCGUCAUCACGGUGCCACAUAAAAUAGGCCGCAUCAUCGAGGGCAGCCCAGCGGACCGAUGUGGGAAGCUGAAAGUGGGCGACCGGAUCCUGGCGGUGAAUGGACAGUCCAUCAUCAGCAUGCCGCACGCAGACAUUGUGAAGCUCAUUAAAGAUGCUGGGCUUACUGUCACGCUGCACAUCAUACCAGAAGAGGGAGCCCAUUCUGGCCCCAACUCAGAGAAGCAGAGCCCCAUGACCCAGAAACACAGCCCCCAGACCCAGCCAAGCCCUGUAGCCCAUCCAGGCCAAGGAGGCCCCCAGCAAGGCCAAACGGCCAUCCAGGCAGGUCAGAUAACUGUCCAGCCCGGCCAGACACCAGCUCAGCCCAGCCAAACCGUGAGUGGCCCUCCUGCACCAGCAGCCUCCCAGCCUGCGCCAGCUGGAUCCCAGCAGAGUCCGGUCAGCCAGCCCUCUGGCCUCCCGCCUCAGCUAUACCUCCAUGACGGCAGGUCAGAGGUAAAAGCCAGACAGGAUGUCAAACCUGACUUCCGCCAUCCUCCAUUCACUGAUUACAGGCAACCUCCAGUAGACUACCGUCACCCGCCGGUAACUGAUUAUCGCCAGCCGCCGACGCUGGACUACAGACACCCACCUGGUAUGCUGGACUUCAGACAGCACCCUGCAGCUGCACAGUUCCCUCUGGGGCUGCCUCCUGACUUCAGACCACAGGACUAUGAUUACUUUACAGUGGAGCUGGAGAAAAGUACAAAGGGUUUUGGCUUCAGUAUCCGUGGGGGCCGAGAGUACAAGAUGGACCUGUUUGUAUUGCGCCUUGCUGAAGAUGGUCCCGCCAUACGUAACGGAAGGAUGAGGGUAGGGGAUCAGAUCAUUGAGAUUAACGGGGACAGCACUCGGGACAUGACUCACGCCCGCGCCAUUGAACUCAUCAAGGCGGGAGGCAGGCGGGUCAGGCUGCUGCUGAAGCGUGGCUCAGGGCAGGUGCCAGAAUAUGACUGUGACGGCCCCUGGGAUUCCUUUUCUACAGCCCACUCUGCCCUGCAGGAAGUGACCCUCGAACCCUACCCAAAUCCAUUGCUCUCAUCCCAUCCAGCCUCAGCCCCAGACUCCCCUCAUCAGCUCCCCCUAGAGGCCACAGUGUGCAUGGCAGACAAAGCUCCACACCUGACAGACCACAGCUCCAUGAGAGGGGCUACAGGUGGCAGGUCCACCCAGCAGAAGUGCAUCAUCAGGGGGCAGGGGACCCCUCAGGGGUCUGGAGAGGUGGACUGUGACAGACAGCCUCGGGCUUUGCCUCCCAAAGCUGUCCUGGGAAGGUCUGUUGAAAGGAGAGAGCAGAGGCAGAGGGAGACUUGCUCCCCCUGCUGUGAGAGAAAGGGUCUGCACACACAGGCGAUGAGCACUGUCUGGCCCUGGGACCCAUAUGUGAGUGUGAAUCUGAAUGGAGCCUCUCUCGGUGGCGGAGAGGGACAUGUCAGCCUCCAGGAGAGGCUGGUGUCCAGAGGUCUGUUCCCCAGAGAAGACGAGAGGGCCAGUGGGCUCUGCUGCCCCUCUAAAUCCAUGGAAGAUAAUCCUGCGAGGAGCACCGCGGCCUCCCCUGGGCCCUGGAACGUCCCCGGGUCUGACAAACUUCCUGGCACCCUGAGGUCCUGGACCUCCACAGUAAGCAGGUAGAAUGAUCGCACUGGUUGGACCGGAUCAUACUGUCGGGCUCCUCUUUCAGUUCACCAUCGGAUGUCCAGGAAACAGCAGUAAAUCUCCCUCACCCUCUCUUUCGUUUUAUUUCUCCAUCUACUUCCAAAAUCAUACUUUACUUUUCAGUUGUUCUUACAAGAUAAUUAUUACACCCACCACCUUAAAAACAGAGGAACUUCACAGCUGUUGUACCAUACUGUAUAAACCCACAACAACACAGCGUUUUGGACCCUCAGAAGCGGCAGUUAGUGUUCUGAUCACAGAUGGAGCACCAAUGUCUGACUCUGAGUGCAGCUGUGCUUUCGACGCGUACCUUUAACUGCUCGACCGUAUCUGGCUCAGAUUGGUGAGUGCAACGUAACCUCAGAGGGAACAACUUUCCUCGCAGGAGAGAGACAUAUGAACAUCCAAGCGAUUUACUUUUGCUCCAUUUUCUCUCUACAGUGGGAGAAAGUGAGAGUACAAAUCUGAAGGGGGCAGGGACACUGACACUCCUGGAGGACAUGGUACAGACCCACUUGACAGCCUGGUUAACCCGACAUAUGUUAGAUCUCACAUGCCUACCAAUAUAUCAUAUACUGUAAAUGUAAAGAUGUGAAAAAUAUGUACAUUUGGUAAUCACAGAUACAUACCUGUUGGUGUUUUUUGAGGCAGUGUUGUAGUUAGAUACAUUGUAAAGAAAAGAGAGAAAAAAAACACCCGGACAGUAUACAGUAUUUUAGAUCACUAUUUCCAUGGCCUCGUCUAUUACUACAUAUCAAAGACUUUGCAAGUCACCAAACCCAGUGUGCAUGGAUAUAAACCACCAUGUCUUUAUACAAGGACUCACAUGUCUUUUAGAGGUAAAGUAUAAAGAGGAUAACCUCUGUGGAGCUGACCAGUUGCUACUCAUGUGAGACUAAAAUAAGUUGUUUUUUUUUCUCAUCAAAUUGAACUUUUGUGUGACUGAACAAAGUUUGCUUUGUAAGAACUCAUAAUACUGUUCUGGGUUAUGUACGCAACUUGCUCACAAGCCAAACAUGCUGUCAUUGUGCAGAAUUAUGAGUGUUGUAUUCAUUUAAUGCUCAACGGAAGAAUUUUGUCCAGUCUAUAUUUCCCAUUUCUAUGCCUUUUACUGUGCUAAGUGUACCACAUCACUGUGGGGGAGGGGCAUCGGUGUGGGAAGAGGAGGCCGAUGGAUAUGAGGUGGGGCGGAGUGCCUUACUCAAACUAAUGCAGAGCUGUUGCUGUGGUGAUUUGUUUCGGAACUGAAUGCAAAACAGAUGUUAAUGACCAUGCACACAUAUCAGCAAACCGUUGAGUUGUGGAGCCUGUUUUCCUCUGACUUAACACCCAGGAGUAUAUAUACAGUUAUCUUGAUGCACUCUUAUCCUAUUGAUGAUUGCCCUGGUCCCCUGGUGUUUAACGGGGAUACAAUGUAGCCUGUAGCAUUACAUCCUCUUCUUGGAGUCGUGUUUUCUGUUGUUUCAUUCGUAUCAUUCCAGCUUUAUUUGUCCAUUGAGUAAAGGAAACAGACUAAGUUUUCAUUGUUGCAGGCAGCAGAAAUGCUAUUUGUAUCUGAACCUACACGUUACAUUAUCUGUGGAUCGGGUGUUCAAUCAGAACAUUUAGAUACUGGCAGAGUUAAAGCGUGCUGCUAUUAAACAAAGACACCUGAGAUGAAGUCACUCUCCUCCUGCAUUUCUCCUGAUACCAUCCAUUCCUUUCAACAAGAUGUUUGCUCUCAAGAUGAGUUUAAUAAAAGAAUCACGAUGCAUUGUGACAAUUGGCCUGAAUGCAGCACGAUGGCACAUCCAAGCUGUACUGGUAAACGGGCGUAGGCCUAACUGGUCACCUGCUUUUUGCAAGACAAUGCACCUGCAGACUGGGACACUAGAAAGACCUGUGUUUCAUGUGAUGAACAUGUUAUCAAGGAGCAUGUCCACAUGCCACUAGGCUUUAGAAAUGUGUUUACUGUAUGUACAAAUGUCAAAGUUCAGAAAAGAUGAAAGAAUAUUUUAUCUAGCCCUCUGUCUCCGUCCAGGCCGCCCCCCUGCCUGCUGUGAGUGAUUUUGUAUACAAAAACAAAAAACUGCUUUAUUGGAACCUGUGAAGGAUGGCACGUUCAUAAAUCCCCAUUGAGAUCAAGUAUAACUGUGUAGUGUUAAUUGUGUAUUAUUCACCUUGUACAGCUGUAUUCCUACAAAUAUGGUUUACUGUAUCAUUGAUACUGUAGUUUCAAAGACGUGAACAACUAUUUUUAUGAAAUGCGACAGUACUGAUAUAUUACAUUUUGCUAAAAAACAAAAAACUUGUUUACUGAAAGAUAUUCUGAAAUACUGUCAAAUAAACUCUUGACAUGGUGUAAAAUA